AUGGGUGUGACUACUAGUAAGGUGUGGGAAGGCGGCAGCGCGGAAGAGCUUGCAUCUGCUCGCGAGGCGUACCGCAAGGCUAUCGCCGCUCGACUGGGCGUAGAGAGCACGGCGGUGGUGGACACCCUCUCGCCUGAUUCGAGCACGAUGGCGGUGGCGCUGGACGAAGAGAAGGCAAGCAAGCUCGGAUGUCCGCCGCAUACGCUUGUAGUCACUUUUGGCUGGUCGUGGGUGACUGGAACCGAGGCUGUGUGGCAUCUGCCGCUUGGCUCCGAGACCAACCAGGAGCUGAUGGAAUCGGUGGCACAGACCAACGGACUGUUCUUGCAGAUGCAGAGCGACGGGCCGACGUUCUACCCUGGUGAGACGGCCCAGACCAUGGGAUGGACGUUUACCAACCAGGACCCACAUGAUCACGGCGAUCAGGGCGCGCUGCUGGUGGCUGACCCUGUCCUGACUGGAACCCGCCAAGGCCCCGGCCGCAGCGAGCGAUGGUCCUCUGAGCCUCCGCUCCACACCGCCGACUUUAUGCCGCACGGCUUUGUCGGCGUUUUCCCGCUACAUCCUGCAGAGUACCGCGCGUGCGGCGCGCUCCGUGCCGAGGACUACGCUGAUCUGGUGGCGCUCUACCACUCGCCGGUCUUCAUCACCUCGCCGGCCCGGGCCUCCGUCCACCACAACGAAGCCUUUGAGGCUGCGUUCAUCACGGCCCGCAACAACUCGCCAACUCGGCAUCUGGCGACCGGAGUGACGGUUGAUGUGCGGCUGCGAAAGAACGGCAAGGCGCUCGACGUAGUCUUCUCCGGCCGCUGCAUGGCGUCGCUCCUCAUCCCGCUUGUCUCGGCCUUUGACAAGCCGGCCCCGCACCCGGACACCUUUGUCGGCGUCAUGUCCGAGGCUGGCGACACCGCACACUUUGUCGUCGACGAGUUCAUCCUCGCCCACCCCACCCAGGGCGGGCUUGCCGUGGUCAACAACCCGGAUCCAGCUGUCGCGCGGGCAGCGGCACUUUUGUCCUCGCAGGAGCUCUACUACACCCACAACCAGUUCCGCAAGAUCGAGGCCACGCUCUACGCCCCACCGGCCAUGUUUGCCCGUAUGCUCAAUGAUGUCCGAGCUGAGGUCUUUGACGCCAACGGGCAGGCCCGCCCGGCCGUCGAUCUCGCCAUGUCGUGGCCGCAGUUCUUUGCCGGCACCACAACGCCGCCGACCGUCGCCUUUCCGCAGCCAGAAGCACCUGGCAUCGACGGCCCGUACACCUUCCGCUUCAUGGCUGCCGACAUCAGCUACUUUGAGGGCGAGGCUCACAUCAACGAUGACGGCGACGUGGUCCCCAUCGACAUUCCCGACGACAUCGAGCGCGCCGACGCCGACGACCCCGACGAUGGCGGGAACGAUGAGUAACACCCCCGCUGCCCCUCA